AAUAAAGAAUGAUUAUAUAUUUUCACAAAAUAUUCCAUUAGAUGAACGAAUUCAUUGUUCCGAACCAAUUGUAGAAAAAACUGAUUGUCAAGUUAUUUUACUUUCUGGUUUAAAUGGAUCAGGAAAAACUACAUGGGCAAAAAAAUAUAUGGAAGAAAAUCGAACAAAAAAUUUCAAUUUAAUUAAUGCUGAAUAUAUUCUUAGUAAAAUGACGAUCGAUGGUAAAUUACCAACAAUUAAAGAUCGUAAUGAUGGUUUGAUGUUACGUGUUAAUAUUUGUUUACAAAAAAUAAUUGAAAUAGCUGCACAACGUCGACGAAACUAUAUUAUUGAUCAUGUUAAUCUAAGUCGAGAAACACAAGCUAAACGUCAACGAUUAUUUACUGGUUAUCAACGUAUUGGUGUUGCUAUUGUACCUGAUGAUGAUGAAUUGAGAACACGUAUUGAAAAAGUUGAAAAAUCUGAAAAUAUUUCUAUACCUUCACAAUGGAUUCGAGAAGCUAAAGCUAAAUUUCAUUUCCUACAAAAAAGUUCUUCAUUAGAAGAUGUGAUUUAUGCAGAAUUGUCUUAUGAAGAUGCAAAAACAUUAUAUGAUAAAGCUCGUCGAGAUUAUGAUCAACAUCGUUCAUCAUCAUCACGUUAUGAUCGACAUGAUGAUCAUCGUUCAUCACGAAAUGAUCGAAAUCGUUAUGAUGAUCGAGAACGUGGUAGUCGUGAUCGUGAUCGAUAUAAUCGAUCGCGGUCACGUGACCGUGGAAGUCGAGAUAGAGAUCGUGAUCGUGAUCGAGAUCGUGGUGGUCGUGAUCGUCGAACAUCACGUGAAGAAUCUCGUUAUUCAUCAUCACGUCGCAAUGAUAAUUAUGGCGGUGGCGGCGGUGGUGGCCAUAAUAAUAAUUAUCGCGGCGGCGGCGGCGGUGGUGGUGGUGGUGGUGGGUAUUCACGUGGUGGCGGUGGCGGUGGUUAUUCUGAUUAUCGACAAGAUUCAAGAAAUAAUAAUUAUAAUCAACGUGGUGGAUUUCAUGAAGGAGGUUAUCAUGGACGAGGAGGUAAUAAUUAUAAUAAUAAUCAAUCAAAUGAUGGUUGGCGUGGUGGUGGCGGCGGCGGUGGUGGUGGAUUUCAUCAACAGAGAAAUGAUUUCGGUGGUGGUGGUAGCAAUCGUGGUCGCGGAGAUUAUCGUGGUGGAAAUCAAUUCAAUAAUCGAGGCUCAUAUCACGACAAUCAACGUGGUGGCGGCGGUGGUGGUGGUGGAUUUCGAUCCGAUUUUAAUAAUCAACAACGUGGUCGACAAUUUAAUGAAUUUGAUAAUAACUCUCAACAUCAGGCUGGCAGCAGUGGUGGUGGUGCUGGUGCGGGAUUUAUGCCAAAUAAUAAUAAUAAUUUCAAUCAACAACAUGAUCGACAAGGAUUUGGAAAUCGAUCAUCAAUACCGCAGCAACAGCCACAAAAUCCAUUUCAGAACCCACAACAACAACAACGUCCACAACCGCUUCUGCAAAAUCCACCAUCUAAUCAACAACAAUUUCCUUCUCAACAAACAGCAAUCCAAAAUCCAAAUGCUGGUUUAUCGCUACAAACACAAAACCCAUUAGCUACUAAUCCUGCCGGUGUACAACAACAAAACUCACUUGAUUCAUGGUUUGCAUUAUAUGCAGCUGCACUUAAUCCUCAAGCAGCUCAGCAGCAGCAGCAACAACAACAACAACAGCCACAACAACAAAUUCAACCACAACAAGAUGCUAAUUCAAUAACUCAACAAUGGACGCAAUGGUUAAAAACAGCACAAAUGGGUCAAGCGGCACAACAACAGCAGCAACAACAACCACAAUUAACAGUUCAACAACCUGACUCUCAACAACAAAAUCAACUUCCUGAUGCAACUGCUUUGUAUUAUCAAGCAUAUUAUGCUCAAUUAGCUGCUGCUCAACAACAAGCAGCAGCAGCCGCUGCAGCGGCAGCUGGAACUGGUUCAUCAAAUGGUGCUGUCGCACCACCUGGUAUCAAUGAUAAAUGA